AUGCAGAGAUUAGAAAAUGAAAUCGACAUCCACAUGAGAUGGAUGGACGUUAGUGAAGCCAGAAGGAAAUCUCGAGUAGAAACCAUUGGGAAGAAGCUUGAUUUAGAGGAAAUUUGUAAAUUGAAAUUCCUCUCCCAGGGUGAUAGUUUGGCCGGGAAGCUACAAGCAUGCGCUGAUGGUUCAACAUUGCUUUUUGAAAUUUCCACAAACGGAAACGACGAGCAUGUAGUAGAAGGAUUAGCUAGGGUAGGAAGACUAGAUCUUGCCAUCAGAUAUGGCAAAGAAUGUAGCCAGGAAGGAGAGCUUCUAUAUGACCGGAUUUUAAAAGACCUCGAUUACCUUGAAAAGACAUAUUUUGAUGAAUUUAGGGUUUUAUUGCUUUGUAUAUCUGAUGAGCUGACAGAUGACGAUGACCUGGAAAAACUUAAAAGUGUUACAACAAAUAUCCCCAGGGGAUCUGUGGGAAAAGUACGCACUGUCCUGGAAUUCUUUACUCUACUCAUACAACGUGACAUUUUACAACCUAAAACAUUAGAAAAUGCUCUGUUGGAACCAAUGGCUGAACUUAAGAUGACAUCUUGGCUGAAACACUCGAGGAAAAUAUCAGGUUUUAAGGAAAGAUUAUCCUUGCGAGAGGCAGAAGAAACCGAAGGGUCAAGAGUCUCACAAACUACAGAAACUGUACCGAAAGAGGUGGUGCAACCAAGUUAUAUCCAACCAAGAGAAGGGAAGGAGGAAACCAAUGACCAGCAUUUAGAAAGUGUACCAAAAGAGGUGUUGGAAUCAUACUAUUCCCAUCCCAACGAGAUAAAAGAGGAAAGCAAUGAGCAACAUUUAGAUAUCAUCACAGGAUUUGACCAUAUGGAUGUGGGUGCGUACUGCAGACUCGAUUCCUGGCCGCCCAUUCAAUCCUCCAUAAAUGUGUCUUUCAAAACAUCUAAACACAAAGUAGUUUAUCAGCGUGUGGAACAUGUCAGAAUUGAAGAAUACAGAAUGACAAGAAAACCUAGAGGAAAAGCUGUCAUUUUUAACAUAGAGAAAUUCCGAAUAGACCACAAAAAUCCUCUUAGCCAAGAGAUACCAGACCGAAGAGGUUCUUCAAUUGAUGCCGAUGGCCUUGAAAGGAUCUUUGGUCAGUUACAUUUUGAAGUUGAGCGUUACAAUGACUGUACAUUCAAUUUCAUAGAUGAUCGACUCAGGUCUCUUGGAAACGAAACCGAUCACAGCAACGCCGAUUGUAUUGUGAUAUUCAUUCUUACGCAUGGUCAAAAAGGCCGACUUUUAGACGUUCAUGGUACACCUUUCGAUUUAGAACCCCUUCGCAAGUACUUCAAUGCCAGCAAUUGCAUGACGCUUGCUGGGAAGCCGAAGAUGUUCUUCAUUCAGGCUUGUAUGGGACCGGAAUCCCAAGGAAUUUACAAUCAUUUGGCGACAGACACUGUUCGUGUUAAACCACCACGGUAUAUUCCUACUGAACCAGAAUGGAAGCAAACUCCAGACGAAGCCGAUUUUCUUGUCUGUUUUCCUGCACCUCCUGGAUAUGUUUCAUACAGAGACGAAAAAAAAGGAUCAUGGUUCAUCAGUACAUUCAUUGAAACGCUUCACAAAAAUCACGACAGUCAUGGUCUUAUGGAUAUCCUCACCAGAACCAAUAGUGUUCUAGGAGAAAAAACAGGAACCGUAGAUGGAAUUCCUUGUGCUCAAACUUUAAGCACCACAGGAACACUUCGAAGAAAAAUUGUUUUCCGUUCCAUUCCAGAUACAAAAUAG